AUGGCUCCCAAAAAGACUAGAGCUCCUCAAGAGCAAGCUGCUGUUAACCUCGGCCCUAACGUCGCUGAGGGUGAGAACGUCUUCGGUGUUGCUCACAUCUUCGCUUCAUUCAACGACACUUUCGUCCACGUUACCGAUCUCUCUGGAAAAGAAACUAUUUCUCGAGUUACCGGUGGUAUGAAAGUCAAGGCUGAUCGAGAUGAAUCAUCUCCUUACGCUGCGAUGUUGGCUGCUCAAGAUGUUGCUGCCAAAUGCAAGGAAGUUGGAAUCACCGCUUUACACGUUAAGCUCAGAGCCACCGGUGGUACAGGUACCAAACAACCUGGUCCAGGUGGUCAAGCCGCACUCCGAGCCCUCGCUCGUGCCGGUAUGAAAAUCGGUAGAAUCGAAGAUGUCACUCCUAUCCCCUCAGACUCUACCAGAAGAAAGGGUGGUAGAAGAGGUAGACGACUUUAG